GACGGCAGCAGCAUUGGCUUUGUCCGAAAACAAACUGCAAUAAAAAGAAAAUUGUGUUGUGCACAAGCAAAUCAAUACCGUAACUGCAUCUUUACGGUGGUUCAAAAUAACGAAACGGUCGCAAAACUACUCAUUACGUACUCCCAACGGUUACAAAUAACGGCCUCAAAAUUGGCAAAAUACGGAAAAACAAGAAAAUGAGCUACAAUGAGAAAAGCGAGGCCAUCACAAAAGAGGAAUGGCUGCAACGGCUGGAGCAGUUCCCGUUCAAGCAGGCGGACAUGAAUCGUCUCAUCAUGAACUAUUUGGUGACAGAGGGCUUUAAGGAGGCCGCUGAGAAGUUUCAGCAUGAAGCGGAGCUGGAGCCCAGCGUUGAGCUGAGCAGCUUAGAUGAUCGCAUAUUGAUACGGGAGGCAGUGCAGGCCGGGCGCAUUGAGGAGGCAACGCACCUGGUGAACCAGCUGCAUCCCGAUUUGCUGGGCAGCGAACUCUACUUGUUUUUCCACUUGCAGCAGCUGCAGCUCAUUGAGCUAAUUAGGGCGGGCAAAGUAGAGGAGGCUUUGGUCUUUGCUCAGUCCAAGCUGUCCGAGUCGGGUGAAGAGAUCCGUUUCGAGCUAGAGCGCACCCUGGCAUUGCUUGCAUUCGAAAAGCCGCAAGAGAGCCCCUUCUCCGAUCUACUGGAGCAGUCGUACAGACAGAAGAUCGCCAGUGAGCUGAACUCGGCCAUAUUGCGUUGCGAGCACAGCGAGGAUUCGACGCCAAAAAUGAUGUUUUUGCUCAAGCUUAUACUGUGGGCACAGUCCAAGCUCGACAGCCGCUCGAUAAGCUAUCCGAAGAUGAAGGACCUGGAGACUGCGCAGGUGGAGCCAAAAUGAGCUAUAGAAGCGGAUGGAUAUAAAGCGAAUGGGGAUAAUCGCAAUAACAAUAACAAAUGUAUAAGCGUGGGAGGGCGUGGCAGUUCUAGAGUGAAUGGAUGUAUGCAAUCGAAGCAAAUUAAUACCAAUUUCUAUAUCUAUUUCUAUAUAUAUAUAUAUUUUAUAAAUGUAUGCAUUAGGAUUUUAUGUUGCAAAGAUUAAAAAUGUCUGAAGCUGAAUCUGGUUUCGA